AUGCCUCGGUUAAUCUAUGGUACAGCUUGGAAGAAAGAAGCAACAAUACAACUCGUUAUAAAAACUAUAUUGAACGGAUUUCGUGGUAUUGAUACAGCAUAUCAACCAAAACACUAUACGUAUGAAGAUCUUGUUGGUCAAGCUCUUGUUGAACUUCAAACUAAAUAUAAUAUACUUCGUAAAGAUUUAUUUAUUCAAACAAAAUUUACCAGUAUUAAUGGACAAGAUCAAUCAAAACCGUUGCCUUAUAAUGCUCGUUCAUCAUUAGCUGAACGACUAUAUGAUGAUGCUCGACAUAAGCCUUGUGUUAUACAAAAUCGUUUUUAUGCUGAAACUAAUUUUGAUGGUGAGAUAACACGAUUUUGUCGUGAAAAGAAUAUCUAUUAUCAAAGUUUUUGGACACUAACUGCUAAUCCGCAGAUUCUUGAACAUCCACUACUACAACAACUUGCAGAAGCACGUCAAGGUACAUUGGCUCAAGUAUUCUUUCGUUUUUUAAUAUAUAUCGGUUUGACUCCAUUAACUGGUACUACCGAUGAAAAACAUGUGAAAGAAGAUCAACAAGUGUUACACUGGCCUUCGCUUGAUCAUGAUUCAAUCGACAAACUUAAAAAACUAAUUGAAAAUUAA